AUGAAGAAUAUUUUAUCGCUUGAGGUCACAAAUCCUUAUAUUGAAAGUCAAGACAUGCUUAUCUACAGCUCAUUGCCCGCUAAACUAGACCUCUCAGCCAAUCACAAAAGUUAUAAGUUGUUGGCACCAGUAGUCCAUUGGGAUGGAAAGCUUUUCCCCUUCCGAACUGAAGCAGAAAAGGUCGAUAGGCUUGCUGUAUUGGUUACCAGGGGAGAUAUUGAGCAAUUUCUUGCAGUUCCCGCUUUGCCAAAUUCAACAGGAAAAGAACAAGCCGCUGCCAUGUACGACGUGCUUUUAAAGAGGAAUUUGGAAUAUCUGGAUGAAUAUAAAAAUAUUGACAAAGAAAUAUCUCAAGUAGUAAGCAAAAUAGUAUACCAUUUGUGGUAUUUAAAUCCACUCAAUGUUUCGUUAUCUUUUUUUGAUGACGAAAUUUCAAUUCUUACAAAGCGGUCUAUGGUUGAAGCUUUAAGGAAAAUAAAACCAAAUGAAGAACGCAUUAAACGGUUAAUGAUAAAAGAUAUUAAACAAAAGGAAAUUGAGAACUUUAUAUGCGAUAGAAGUAAAGAAUUUUUUGAUAAGUUAAGCUUGCCUACAGACUUUUUGGAAACUGAUUCAACAGAUUGGAACGAAAAUUCUUAUAAACAAUGUUUGGAUAUCGUUAAUAAAAUUAAAGUAGUAAAUGAUUAG